CGCAGCAUCACGACCGACCGAGGCCAUCGCAUAUGAAUGCACAGAUGUGUCUUCCACAAGACCCUCAGUGUUGCUAUGUGCACGACUCUUCUAUAUACGCACAACACGGACACGCCCACGUAGGUCAGCGAGUUCCCAAAGGCCUGCGUGUCGACAAUGGACGGUCGCAAGCGGCACUGCUGGGAAUGUCGGCGACGCUACCUCGUCUGCGACUCAGCGGAACCCGCAUGCAAUAGAUGCAUUUCUUCCGGAAUAGCAUGUCCGGGAUACGGGCCCAUCAAGCCGACCAGGCUCAGAUGGGUAGAGCCAGGAAAGGUCUCCUCUCGUGGUCGCCGGAGCACUAAGGCUUCCUCUGGAAAUGCGCACUUAGACACAAACAAGGCCACAGGAGAGCUCGUACACGCAAACCAUGCUAUGACGCCCCCGCCAGUAUUGACGAGCGAGAUUGAUCAUCUAGCUCAGGCGGCACAAUACUUUAAUGAAUGCAUCUACCGAGACUUGCUACCCAUCACCCAGCUUGGACACAACCCGCAGGUGUACUCCAUUACCCCCACAAUCCUCCAGCAGGCUGUCAGGUCACCGAGCUAUCUGCAGUUUGGUAUGGUGUGCAUGACGUUAAAUCACCGGAUGAACCAAUUGCGGCACCACCAGUCGAUGCGCUUAGCGGAAAGGUUCUAUCACUAUCGCGGCAUAGCCAUCCGCUCACUGAGCGAGCAGCUCGGCGAAACCCAGCAUAAUACCGACGACGUGGUCCUCGCAGGUGUCGUUACUCUUUUGUUGGUAGAUGUCCAACACAAUGCAUCACUUGGCUGGCGAUGGCACUUGGAGGGCAUUCACAAGAUUGUAAAUCUACGCGGUGGAUAUCCGACCUUGGUCCGUUCAAAGGUUCUACAGCCUUUGCUCCUGAGCGUGUGGUUUGUCGCUGUAUUCGGAAACACGACGGGUCCGGCCUCUGACAUCUCCAUGGCCGAUUUACACCUCAAAUCCGUGCCCAUGAUGCUGGAUCAGUACAAUAACGGCACGUCGCCUUUUCACCUAUGUCCACCACUAUUAUUUGCGGAGAUUAUAAGGAUCAAUCACCUCCGGUGGCAUGUCGCAAGGCAUGGAAAAAUCGCGAGCCUUUCACAGACCGCCGGUGAAACUUUUCAGCGUAUACGAGACUUUUCGCCUGAGAAAUGGGCGGGCUCCAAACACUCGACUCAAGACAUAUGGACUCUUGUCGGUAACACCUAUCAAGCCGCCGCGGGGCUGUACUGCAUAUUAUCGCUGCAAAGCUCGUCGGUAUUCCCCAAAAAGUCCACAUUGCAAAGCUUCUGCGCUUCGACCGGCCGUGCCCUCCAGCGAGCGCUGAAGGGGGCAUUAUCCCAUCGCGGGAUCAACAGGUUCAUGCUCUGGCCACUUGUCACACUGGGCGUGCAGGCUAAAAACGACAUAGUGAUGCGUGGUUAUGUAUCUCAUGAACUGACGGGCUUGAGCACCAGUAUGGGUACCUGCUCACCACUUAUAGCAAAGAGCGUUCUUGAGAGGUUCUGGGCGUCCGGGGAAAAUUGCUGGGAUGCCUGUUUCGACAGGCCAUAUGUCUUUACCAUGCAACUCGCCGUAGAUACCCGCCAACUAAUAGCUUCAUUAUGAAUUUCUAGGCUUCCAAGGUUCCAGCCACCUUGAUGGGCUUUAUUCAGUGGCUU